GCAAACGGCAUUUAGGUAAUAUCCGUUCUGGCCGAUGUCUGCGGUUGUCCUGGAUGUUCUUGGUGUCUUCGUUCUGCGUAUCACGGUCCAUAUCAACACCAACGUCACUUCACUGAAGUUACAAUACACCGGAAGAUGGCUGGCCAGUGACGUCGAAGCGUGGCGGAGUCGCAGUCGCAGUGCGAUGCCUUCGGAGACGGCCGCGACACGUCAUGACAUUGAGACUUCGGGUAGCCGAGGACGAAGCGAGGGGAAGGCCCUGCCGCUCCCCACCAUGUUUCACGACUGGAAGUUACUAGGCGAAUGGUGGGGGCUAUGCGCCAAAGGAGUGGCGUGCGGAGCCGACGGGGAAGAUUUCGAUGAAUCAAAGCAGCCAGUGGUAGGGAACGAACGAGCCAAGGGGAUAAGGAGGAUAAUUGUUGAGAGACGGAGCGCCGAGUUAUACGGAGGAUGAGGAAC